UUCAUUUCCUUGUAUGCAUGUGAAAUUUAAUUUCAUCCUUAAUGUUCAGGAAAGCUAUAUGCAUAUUUUAAAAGUUAGAUGUUUGGCAUGCUUGAAGAGGAUUUCUAAAUUUAAAAAAGCAGGUCAUAGUGGGCUGCUCCCCUUGAGAACUCUAUCCAGGGCCCUUUUACAUGUGUCUGUGCACACCUGACUGUGGAGCACAGUGCCUUGGCCACAAGUGACUAGUCUGCUUCCUCAUUACACAAAAAUUCUAGUGUGGCCCCUGAACAUGUUCCUUAGCCACACUGUAUGGUAAAAGUCAAGAACCCUGAGUUUGAAACUAGCAAAAUCUCAUUUUAAACCCUGACCUCAAAUUAUUAAUGUAAUAUUGCAUAAAAAGGGUUUUAGUUCUCUGUACCUAUUUCCUUAUUCUUAAAAUGGGUAAUAAUGCUUUAUGGACUUUUUAUAAACCUUCUCCUGAAUUGUCUGUGAUGAUUAGGAUAUAACAUUAUUGUGUAACGCCCAAAAGGUUUUAUGUUGAUCAUUUACCUUGUAAAUUGAAUCAGCCUUGUUUGAUAAGGAUGUAGAAAGGAAGGGAGAGAUCCAUCAAGUGAAAUUUACUUGAAAAUACUGAGUAAUUCCAUAGUUUGCUUAGCCCUUUUGCUGAAGAUCUGUACUCUUGAGUAGCAUACUGCCUUCUUUCACAUGAGAUUGGUUUUCAUGAGAGAAAGGACACUGCUUAAUUUGUGGCAUUCCACUAAUCUCUUCUGUUAAUUUGGUAGUAUAAAAAGAUUUGCAAAUAAUGAGUUCCAUACCCUCAAAGAUACUUUCAUACACUCUGUCCUGCUUCCACAUUUGUACUGUUGCCAUGUUCUAAGUAGGACUUUCUCCUGACUGUGUGUUAAUAACUGGAAAAUUCCCUAUCAGUAGAAUGGCACCAUCUUGACAGCCCUGGGUUCUGCUUCUACCUUGCUAAUUGUUUCCUUGGGAUUAUUUGGAUUGUGUGGAAAAGCUUUUUGCAAAUCCUCUUAUUACUGAAGUCAUUGUUGCCAGCAGGAAUAAGAUUAAAGGUGCUUAAGUCUGUAGAGUUGUUUCUAAUUUGUACGUGUCAUUUCAGUGGCAUUUUAACAGAACUCUGUCUCCUGUCCCUCCCUUCUCCCUUGGUACUAUCUCAAGUUAAGUCCAAGAAGCCAGACCAUUGGAAGAAAUCACAUUUUAUCCUCCUAAUUAUUAUGCUGGCACUCAGGAGAUAAUUUUUCCCUUCAUGCACUGCCAAUUAAUAUGCAAAUGAGCUGAUAAAUAUUUAUGCAAUGAUUUAAAUUAUGCAGGGAGUGCUUUCAGUGUAUUCUGUAAAUGAAUUGUUCCUGGACUUCAAAGUGCUGGCUGCUGUGCUAACGAGGAGAGAUUUGCAUAAGGCCCUAAUCACGCGCAUACUGAUUAAGCUUCAUUAUGGAAACUGCCAGCUGCAAUCUUUGUUUCUAUUUUAUUACAAAAAGGGGAACUUUUCAUGCUUCAGUUGCCUUGACAAUGUCAGUCCUAGCUGGUAGGAGAGACUAAAACUCCUCUGAGCAACUGAAGUUUCCUUAUUCAGCUGAAGAUUGCUAUGGUGUAACUGAAGUUGUAUUUUGCUUCUCCUGUUAAUCCACUUUCCACUCCCCACCCUGUUCUCUGAAGAACAUGGUGCAGAUUUGUUAGAAAUAGUACUACCUUCUUUCCCCCACCCCAGACCGCUACCUGUUUCUUGCUUGCUUUGGAUUGUCCACACCUCUAGAAGACUUCACAGCGAUGCUGGACUGCAGUGACUGUGUUCUAGGCUACUUCCGUCACCUUCCCAGUUGCCAAGGGAAAAUAAAUUGAUCAUUCUGAAGAUGGAUGAAUUCUUAUGCAGAAGGCAUGGCCUGAACCCAAGACUCAAGAAUGAACAAUCCGUCAGAAACCAGUAAACCGUCGAUGGAGAGUGGAGAUGACGCUACAGGCACACAAACCAAUGGUCUGGACUUCCAGAAGCAGCCUGUGCCUGUUGGAGGAGCAAUCUCAACAGCCCAGGCCCAGGCUUUCCUUGGACAUCUCCAUCAGGUCCAGCUCGCUGGAACAAGUUUACAGGCUGCUGCUCAGUCUUUAAAUGUACAGUCUAAAUCUAAUGAAGAGUCAGGGGACUCUCAACAGCCAAGCCAGCCUUCCCCGCAGCCUUCCGUGCAGGCGGCCAUCCCCCAGACCCAGCUCAUGCUUGCUGGAGGACAGAUAACUGGGCUCACCUUGACACCAGCCCAGCAGCAGCUGCUGCUGCAGCAAGCCCAAGCCCAGGCCCAACUACUGGCCGCAGCUGUGCAGCAGCACUCCGCCAGCCAGCAGCACAGCGCUGCUGGUGCUACCAUCUCCGCCUCUGCUGCCACGCCUAUGACUCAGAUCCCCCUGUCUCAGCCCAUCCAGAUCGCACAGGAUCUGCAACAGCUACAACAGCUACAACAGCAGAAUCUCAACCUGCAGCAGUUUGUGUUGGUUCACCCGACCACCAACUUGCAACCAGCGCAGUUUAUCAUCUCACAGACGCCCCAGGGCCAGCAGGGUCUCCUGCAAGCGCAGAGCCUUCUAACACAGCUACCUCAGCAGAGCCAAGCCAGCCUCCUGCAGCCGCAGCCCAGCACCACCCUCGCCUCCCAGCCAGCAACCCCAACACGCACAAUAGCAGCAACCCCUAUCCAGACACUUCCGCAGAGCCAGACCACACCAAAGCGCAUCGACACUCCCAGCUUGGAGGAGCCCAGCGACCUUGAGGAGCUCGAGCAGUUUGCCAAGACCUUCAAACAGAGGCGGAUCAAACUCGGCUUCACUCAGGGUGAUGUUGGGCUUGCUAUGGGUAAACUAUAUGGAAAUGACUUCAGCCAAACUACCAUCUCUCGCUUUGAAGCCUUGAACCUCAGCUUUAAGAACAUGUGCAAGUUAAAGCCACUUUUAGAGAAGUGGCUAAAUGAUGCAGAGAACCUCUCAUCUGAUUCAGCUGUCUCCAGCCCAAGUGCCCUCAAUUCCUCAGGACAGGGAGUUGAGGGCUUGAAUCGGAGGAGAAAGAAACGCACCAGCAUAGAGACCAACAUCCGUGCGGCCUUAGAGAAGAGUUUCCUGGAGAAUCAAAAGCCUACCUCGGAAGAGAUCACCUUGAUUGCUGAACAGCUCAAUAUGGAAAAGGAGGUGAUUCGGGUGUGGUUCUGUAACCGCCGGCAGAAGGAAAAAAGAAUCAACCCACCAAGCAGUGGUGGGACCAGCAGCUCACCUAUCAAAGCAAUCUUCCCCAGCCCAACCUCACUGGUGGCAACCACACCAAGCCUUGUGACAAGCAGUACAGCAACUACCCUCACAGUCAACCCUGUACUCCCCCUGACCAGUGCCACAGUGACCAGCCUCUCUGUUUCAGGCACCACAGACAGCACCUCCAACAACACAGCAACAGUGAUCUCCACCGCACCUCCAGCUUCCUCGGCAGUCACCUCCCCGUCUCUGAGUCCCUCCCCUUCUGCCUUGGCCUCCACCUCUGAGGCAUCCAGUGCCAGCGAGACCAGCACAACACAGACCACCUCUGCUCCUUUGUCCUCCUCUCUUGGGACCAGCCAGGUGAUGGUGACAGCAUCAGGCUUGCAGACAGCUGCUGCGCUCCAGGGAGCAGCACAGUUGCCAGCAAACGCCAGUCUCGCUGCCAUGGCUGCUGCUGCAGGGCUCAGCCCAGGCCUGAUGGCACCUUCACAGUUUGCACCUGGAGGUGCCUUACUCAGCCUCAAUCCAGGGACCCUGGGCGGUGCUCUCAGCCCAGCUCUGAUGAGCAACAGUACGCUGGCAACUAUUCAAGCCCUUGCUUCUGGUGGCUCUCUUCCAAUAACGUCACUGGAUGCAACUGGGAACCUGGUGUUUGCCAAUGCCGGAGCAGCCCCCAACAUCGUCACUGCCCCUCUGUUCCUGAACCCUCAGAACCUCUCUCUGCUCACCAGCAACCCCGUCAGCCUGGUGUCUGCCGCUGCAGCCUCCACCGGGAGCUCCACACCAGUCGCCAGCCUUCACGCCGCCUCCAGCUCGGCAGAGGCCAUGCAGAACUCGCUCUUCACAGUGGCCUCCGCCAGCGGGGCUGCCUCCACCACCACCACCGCCUCCAAGGCCCAGUGAGCGGGUGCGGGGGUGCCGCCAGGGCCUCCACCUCUCUGCAGCGUGGCCAGGCUGCCAGCCCCCCAGCCGCUGCCCUCACCACCGGUGAGGGGGGAGGCAGGGGAAAGGGAGUCCACAUGCCAGAAGAAAGCAGAGGAUGGAGACGGACAGCAUCUGCCUAAUUUUAUAAUAAAACACUGUCUUUUCAGGAUUGCUUCAUGGAUUGGAGAACUUUCUAACCAAAAAUUUAAAAAACAAAAAAAUCAAAAACAAAAAAAAAACAAGUGGAAGGACUACUUAUCAUCUCCAGCAGUCGUGAUGACAAGCUAAGGUGGGUACCAGUUCCAGUGUAGGAAGGGAUUUCUGAUUUGUCUAGAUUUCUUUUUUCUUUAAAAAAAAAAAAUCAUUUUUAUGGGUCUGUUGUACAGGCCAUUAAGUCAUAACAAGGUGUUUAUAAUCGUAUCAAUUGCGUUGGGGGUUCCUUUCUUAACUGGUACAAUUUAGGCAGGCCUGUAUUACUGUAUCUCUAUGGUUAUUGUUGUUGUUUUUAUAUAUAUACAUAUAUAUAUAUAUAUGCACAUAUAUAUAUAUAUAUAUAUAUAUAUAGUUUGGACAUGUUUGUCUCUUGCUCCUGGAUCCUGUUUCAGUGAGCUCCCACACUGUGGGGAGGGAGGGUUUGGGGCAAGGGAGGCGUAUGCUCUUAACUGCGGGGAAUGUUCUUGCUGGUUUCCUUAUCCUCCACGACUCUUACAGAGGUGCUAGAAAAUGAUUUUCUUUUGCCACUUAUGCAAGAGGCUGGUGCAAAAGCUGAAGGCAGUGUGUGCAGACACUCCCGCCCAACACGCCCCUCCCCCAGCAGGCGUGCCUUUGGAGCACUUUUGUGUAGGAAGGAAUUCCUGCUGAACUGUAGCUCUCACUCACCCAAUCAUGGACCGCCCCCGAGGCCCAGAUCCUGUAGUGCAGCAGCUGCUUCCGCUACUCUCAAUGGGAACAGCUCUAUGUGUUGCAGGCAGGAUUUGGUUCCAAAGAGCAAAGACUACUGCAGACACCUGACUUGGUGGUUCGCCUGAUUUCUUAUCUCCUGAAAAAUGCUCCUACUGUUGGUGUGUUUGUUUGUUUGUUCAUUUUAUGGGAGUUUCUCAUCCAAACUUCUUUUAAUUUUGUUGGCAAAGAACAAAUUGACUUACUGGUGUCAGGGAAUUUUCCCUUUUUUAUUUUCUAAAGGACUUCUAUUAGACUGUUGUCCAUCAAUUGAUAUAUCUAAAAGAGUCCCUGAGAGGAGUCUGAGGUCGCCACCUUUUCCUCUAGAGCACCGCAGACUUCCUUUCCACUGGAUGGCUCAUGAGGCCUAACCUGAACUCUCUGGAUUCUCUGACUGACAAGGUACUUGCUGGUGGGGCUUGGGUUCUGCAGAACCUCUGAAGAAACACUGAGCAGGAACGUGGUGCACCCCUGGGGGGCUGCCCCUGCCAGGAAGUCCAACAGUAGUGCACAUCUCUCUAUUCUUAGAGAAAGAGAUCAGCUCUGUAAUUGUUUUCAGGGUGUUUCUAGACCACAUAAAUGAGCCAGUGGAAGGGAGGAGAUUGUGAACAUGGAUCAAGAGGAACAAGGGCAAUACAGAGGUUCAGUUUCCAUUUUUGCCAAUGUACUUUUGUAAUACUCUGUGUACCAAAAACUUUCCCCCAAAGACUGCCUUCCCGCCUUGUAGCUUGAUCUAAAUUUCCCUUCUUUUUGGAGGUAGAGGUUCCCAUUUGGUGUCCCUGGGCACUUGCUUCAGUCUCGGGUGGUCCUAAGACUGCACUUUGUCCCUCUUUGAGCUGGGGGUUGAGAAAGAGCUUUCCUUCCAAUCAAUUGCUCUGCUUGUGUCCUCAAGGGAGCUGGGAUUCAUGUAUUUGCCUCUCCUCACCAUUGUUCGGGAAGGCAGUAAUACUGACACAAAUGUGUACGUGUGUGUGUGUGUGUGUGUGUGUGUGUGUGUGUGAGAGAGAGAGAGAGAGAGAGAGAGAUUCAAGUGGGGAGACAGUCAAAUUAAUAUUAAAGGUCAGAAACAUAUUAGUCCCCUUUUAAUUCUUUAGUUCCUCUUGUUUUAUUUCACAAAAUAUUUAACUACUACCCCUAAAUUUCCUUUUACCUGUCAUUUUCCCUAAAAUCCCUCUAAAAUCAGUGAACUACAAGCAGGGAAACUAACAAAUGUCUAUCCACCUUUCUGUGUGUGGUGUGUGGUUUUGUUUUGUUUUGUUUUGUUUUGUUUUGUUUAAACUAAGCUUGAACCAAAGUCAAUUUUUUAGCAAGCUGCUGUACUAAUGGACUAGUUUAUAUCGUGCAGUUCAGACACAUGGAGGAGAUAGAUGCUACUGACAAUUUCUUUUUCAUUUCUUUUUUAAUUUUAUAUAAAAGUUGCUGCUUGUUUUUAAUCUUCUAUGUUGGUUAAUUGUAAUAUCCUCUGGGCAGACUUACCUUGAUUUUUAAAUAGUUUAUUUAGGUUGGUAUGUAAAUAGAAUGGCUCUGUUAGUUACUAAUUUCUCUCCACUCCAUCAACUUUUUCUCUGUUGUAGUUAAAUGUAAUAUAAUCUCUUAUUCUGACUUGACAUCUCUAAUUUCAGUCUGCGUAAAUGAUUUUAGGGCUAUUAAUAAUACUGUGGCUGCCCAUAGUCACAAGUCCCUCUUUUGGGAGUGGUGGAAGUUAGGAGGAAGGAUUCCGGAAGAGAAAUGCAGAUAGCCACCAUACUGGAUCCGAGGCUGUAAAUCAGUUUCCCAAAUGUUACCAAAGGAAGCAUAGAGCUUCAGGGGACUCUGGCUAUGCCCAGUGAGUUCAGAGAAAGGCUGUUUUUGUUAUUGUUUUCUGUGUAGCUAAAAAAAAUGAUCCCUUUCCCAAAUAAGCUUCACCAACAAACUCCAGUCCCGAAGAAGAUGCUAAGCCCUAACUGUCAGCACAGUGAUCUUUGAGUCCCCUACCCUAUCUAUAUUCUAAUCACUUUGGAAUAUGGGAAUUCUGUCUUUUUCUUUUUUUUUAAUGUGAAUCACUUGAUGAGGGUAGACCUUAAGCCAGCAUAAAAACUUCUGUUGAAAAAAGUAAAUCUUUAGACAAAGGUAACUUUAAAACUUUUUUCUUUUUUUCACUUAUUUAAAAAUAAGUUGUGAAAUGAAAGGUACUUUUAUGCAUAUACACAUGAAACACUAAUAGAGCUGUUGGUGGGGGUCUUGUUUAGAAUCAGCUCCCCAUCAUCAUCCCUGGAAACUCUGCUGAUCAUACUGCUUCAUGGAUCACCGUAGUCCUUGUUUAUUUUAUAUCAUUCCUUUUUUUUUUUUAUCAUCUCAAAUGAUGCUCUUUGAAUUGAAUGAACUAUCUCCUAAGGUGCGGUACUCAGACUUAACUUUUGGCCACCUUUUCUGGGAACAGUCUUCAAACUAAAAGGUCCAUUUGACCAAAAAGAAGUAUUUGGUAGAGUUUCUGCAUCUCAGAGAGGAGGAACAGUAGAUCAUUACAAUGCAUUGCAUUGUUCUUCUUUUUUCCCCUUAACGUUUAGACAAGUUUUAUUUCAUCCCUGAAUUUGCUUAACACAUUAAGCCAAAGACUAAUUUUAAAUGCAUUUAUAACAAUACUUUAUUUGCCCGUGCAUCCCUAGGGGUGGUGAAUGUAGUUGUUUAAAUCCUGCUUAUCACGAGCAAUGCAAUUUGGUCAUGAACUUUAUUUAUAUCCCAUGUAAAUCUGAAGGACAGAGCAGAAAGACCUGAAGGGGGCCUCUCACAGGAACAAUAUGAUUGUUCUAAGACAUAAGUUGAGUGCUAUUUCUGAAGUUCAAAAAAAUAGGCAGCUUUUUAGAAUUAAGAAAAAAAAUAUUUAUAUCACUUGGCUGAUGUAAAUCACACUCCCAUUUAUUUAUUGUCAGAAAGGUCAGUACCUUCCCAACAUACUCAGCUGGUUGCUUAAGAAUGGAACCAAAGGAAUCCAACUUCCCUCUUAUGCAGGAGCAUGCCUAUUUGUACUUCGUGGUAGCAUUAUUAGAAGUGAACUUUUUUUAGCAAAAGGGAAAAUAUCGAUUAAAAAGAUUUUUGUUCAUCUUGCCGAUUCAUUCUAUAGCGUUUGUUGGGAAAGAAAAAGCACAAUUAUGCCUCUUUUUAAUGUUAUAUUGUCCAUCAUUUUUCAUUUAUUUAGGAAGAUGGGGAAAUAGUCUGUGUAUUAUCCAGAAGCACAAAUAUUUGCUUGAUACAACAUCUAGCCCAAUCUUUAAAUUCUAUUUAACGUGCUGGAAAAACCGAAUAUAUUUGCAAAUGUAGGUAAUUACUGUUAGUUAGAAAUCCCGGUUGAAAUGUUGCAAUCAGGAUAAUAAGUACUUGGUUCACAGAGAAGCCCUCUGAGAGUUCAUGGUCUGAAGUGGUUCCCAAGCUACAUCAUCCUCACAGUCUUUCUUAACGAAGAAAGAAAGAAGACCCUUGAGCUAGGAAGCAGAGGAGAAGCCUCUUUCUUUAGUCCCCCCCCCAAAAAAAUGCUACCCAGGUAUGAAGAAGUGAGGGCCCUCCUGUGGGCAGCCUUCCGUGGCCUGGCCAUAAGGAACCCCCAAAAGCCAGCCUGUGGUCUGAAAACCCUUGGUCAAGGAAGGGCUGCAACAGUUCAUUAGGAGAGUUUGGCCAAAUACUUUCUCAUUAAAUCAGCAUUUAAACUUGAAGAAUUUAGAGUUUAUUUAUUCUUUACUCUUUAGGCUGCCAGUACUGAUGGGAGAAAAAGACUAAAAGGUCUGAAAUUUUAAAUUACCCAGAAGGAACAGGAAUUGGUGGAUGAAUUUGCUUGUGACCACUGUGAGUUCACUGUGUGUCUGUGUCUGUGUGUGCGCGUGUGUCUGUGUGUACGAAGCACUUAGUGCGUCAUACUGCUUGUGUAAUCAUAGCCCUGGCCAUUCUGAAGUCAUUUUCAGUUUCUGACAUUUUAAAGAUGAUACUUUAUAAAGUGGUAAAUAUUUUUGGUUUUUAUCUUUAGUUUUGAGAAGGGGGGAAAAAAGUCCCUUGGCGUUCCUCUGAAAAUAACUGAGAUGAGCUGUGUGCAGGCUGGGUGGCACCUGCAAUAUGCACACAGUGGGGGACGGAAGGCAGCAGGGUCAUCCCUGACAGCUGACUGGAGUUCUUUGCCGGUUCUGCCCGACCUUUUCUUACUCCAGAGAGAUUCAACAGGACAGCCUUGAAAUUUGCAGCAGGACUUGAAAGGGUCCUACCAGGAGGGCGGGGUACACGUUUCUUGAGUUGUCCAGUUUGCAUCCGGUUCUCUGGGCUAACGGCUGUCGCUUUCCAUGGCCCUCCCUAUUCUUGAGGCACAGUUACUUAUUGGACUCGUCUGCCCUGGCCUUUGUGGGUCUCUGAGGUGGCUGUCUCAUCUGGGUCUCCUUCCCUCCCCUCCCUCCUUCUCUGUGAAUGUGGUUCCUUAGUCUGUGAGGAUGAUUGAUGCUUGUGGGUAACCGCUGGCUUCUGGCACCUUCAUAAAAUACCUCAGCAUAGCUUACGUGUUGCAGAAUUGGUUUAAACUAAAAACCAAAUAAAUAAAAUAAAAAACUUUAUAAAUAGUGGAAAUAAUUCUAGCUGUAGUACUUAGUUGAACUAAUGUUCAUUAUCAUUGAUAAACAUGAUUGAUGCUGUAUGUAUUUGGGAUCCUGUUUAUAGGUUACAAUUUACAGGGUUAGGGAGGGUUGGGGUGGGGGAGAAGAUGAUUAUGUUAGAAGGAAAAUGUUGUUGUGUGUGUUUCCUUAAGUCUGUCCUGCCGAAGGAAGCCUGGUGUCCCUGGGACUGGACUUGGGAUUUACAGCCCUCUGAGGUCUGGUGUGCAGGGCAGGGCAGGGCCCAGAGGUGUGUGCGAGUUGCCACGGGAGCAUUUGCAGCUUUUCUAUGGCUGCCAUGCCCCCAAACAUGCCAGCCUCUCCAAAUGACCAUUACCUCUGUACAUAGCAGACACUUAGGCAAAGGACAAGUGUAGCCAUCGGAGUGUUUGGGGAGAAGUAGAGACAGAGGAAGAUGCACACCAACUCAGAGAGCACUGAGCAGUGGCCCUGACCUAGGACAGUUAAGGUGGUUCUUCGUGGCAGCCUCUGUCAAGCUGUUGAAUGUUGUGCUAGCAGCCCAACAUUUAAAACCUCACUUCCUUUUCUCAAAGAAUAGUUCUGUCUAGACCAGAAACACAAACAAAAGAAAGACCACCAGCCUGCUCCUCACACCUGUGACAAAGUGCGGCCUUUAAGGACCGGUUGGUUGAUGGGAUGGAGGGAGUUCUGUUCCGAGUGGGGGCGUAGAGGAGAAACAGUGGUGGUCAGGAGAAUUGGGAGCCCUUUCUGCCCAUGCUCCCGGCUCCCUGAGUUCAGAUGUAGCACUCCAGAAAGGCUUUUAUUUGAAUAAGUGAUCCAUCUCACAGAACUUACGUGGGGUUUGGUCUGUGACCAAAGACACUGCUGUGUCAUUGCUUAUCUUUGGUUUUCAAAACAGGCAGAGAGAAUAGGACCAAAAAGCUGGAAUUUAGAAAAGUUUGACCUUGUCUCUUCUUCCCCUUCUUCCCUCCUACCCAUUUUUUGAAAGUCUUACUGGUUAUUCUGCCUUUCAAAAAGAGAUUGGUUUUGUGUCCCUCUGCUGGCUCUGUGAGGAUGGGGUUGCUCCGUGUGGCCGUGAUAGUCUUGGAAUUGCUGAGAAAUUUGGGGAGGGCAAAAGAUGGGGUAAAUUCUUUAUUUCCCUUUAUCUAAUCCUCAUAAAUAGAACUGUGGAGCCUGUUUGGGUUCAGACACUAUUCAGAUGUGGUGUCUGUGCUGUCUCGCCUAUGAAGCAGCAUUUUCAAGAGCAGGAUUACAAAGGAAACAGAAGCUCUUCCCUUCUCCUGUAGAGCUGUUUUGUUCCCAGGUGUCUUUAAAAUAUAUGGUUCUGGGAAGUUGAGUAGUCCUGUCUCAGUGUCCUCCAGACAGGGCCCGUGCAAGGGAGAGGGAAGGGAAUAGGAAUAGUUGCUCUCUUAAUCAUCCCUCAAAAAUGAUCAGGGUGCAGAACCUCAUAAUAGCUUUCCUAAUAACCUUAUUGUUCUGACAUUAUGUAAAGGUAGUCUUAAUAAUGUGUGACUUUUUUAAAAGCGCUAGAUAGGUUUCUAAGUAGGUGAUAGGGAUAUUGAAGAUAAGAGCACUUGAAACAAAGCUGUGGGAAGACAAGGUGUGCAUAAGGACCGCAUGGAAGGAAGGCGCUUACUGUUGCUGUGUCCCUGAGUCUGUCCAUGUGCCCAGUGUCAGCUUCUGGUUCAAACCCAGGAAGCUGCCAAAAGAUAAGACCCCCAAACUAAUUUAGUAUAAAAAUGUUGAGGUCUGCUGCAGGGUUUUCCUUGUUCACUGGAUCGUUGUAUGUAAGUUGGCCACAACCUCACAAGAACAGAUGGAGGCUGCUUCUGUAAACUGGCAACAGCUCUUGACUUCUCCACCAUUGUACCCCAAGUCUGCGGGCGGACAGCUGGGGACAGUACUGUUUUAAAACAAGACAUCUGGAAACCUUAGUUCCUUGAAACCGGAAUCUCUUACAGCAGAGCCCGAUCCCGUCCAGCCCCAGCCAUCCUGGAGUCUAAGAGCAAGGGAGGCAGGAAAGCACUUUGAGAGGCUCAGGUGGCAACCUAGGGACACUGCAUUGCAGGCGGUGGGGGGUGCCCACCUCCAGUUCCAUUCCCACAUGAGUCUGCAGAAGGCGCCCACUUCUAAGAGCAGAGUCAACAAGUGCAGCCUGAUGGUGGUUAAGACUGUAAACAAUGAGAGAAAGAGGGAGGGAUCAUAGGCUGCGCAGAUGCAGGGCACGGACUCUGCAGCAACCAGUGUGUCUCUUCCAAGGUUGGUGGUGGUAGAAAAAGCCUUCUCCCAGCUCUUGGCUCUGCUAGCCUGGGCACGUGCGAGGGUCCACCAGGGUUUUGACCCUGCAGGUCACCGCCUGCACGGGACAGCAGUGACAGAGGUGAGUGAGGAGCAGAGUUCUGCCCACCUGGCGUGGGAGCUCUUGUAUACCUCAUUGCUAACUCGUGACUGAGUGGCUUGCUUUAACUUCCUCUCAGCCCCACAGAGCUGCCCAACCCACCCUCCCCUUUCGGCAACGCUGAACUCUGGCCUAUAGCAUUGUGGGACCUGUGGCUAGGGUGCCCCUAGGAGCCCCUGAAUGCCACUGCUCAGAGGCUACUUCGAGCUGGGGCGGGUCACAGCCCAGGGUUCCUUUUGUUGCCAGGGUCUACCCAGGUCUCAUAACCUGGUUGUCCUGCCACCUGCCUUCAGGGUGCCAGCUGUCUGCGCCCCGCCCCACCCCGUAUGUCUGACUCUGGCCACACAUUGACUUCUGUCCUUGCCUCUCCCCAGGUGGGGUCCAGGCCGUCUCCUUCCCCUGAGACCUAGGUGGAAGGGAAGACACCAGAGGUCCCUUGGAGUGGACUGCUGUGUACACAUUUCACUUUUUUCCUUUGACAUGACCAAAAAAAAAAAAUCCAAAUAUUUAAGUUGUUUUUUAUUAUUAUUAUUAUAUUAUUAUUAUUAUUAUUUGACAAUCUUAUAUUCAGUGGGCUCUUCAGAAGCUGCAUCCCCAGCCCUUUCACCUUUUCUUUGAAUGUACUGCUUGGCCUCCAGUUCCCACCCGUAAAGCUGAAGAAACCCUUCGCCAGGUCCUCAGACUGCUGCUAUAAGCCAGGGGAGGGUGGUUUCUUUGUUUUGUUUUGUUUUGUUUUUAAAUUUCCAGCCAAAACCAAAGAUUUCUUAAUGAUUGUAUAAACUCAAAACAAACAAAAAAACCAAAGAAAAGGGAAGUUGAGUCUUCAGCAUCAGCCAGUUCGCCACGUCCUGGCGCUUGGCGCAGUGGGCCGGGCAGGGGCCUCGGACUCUAAAGGGCGGGGAGCCGUUUUCCACGCCGGGGGUUUCGUUCAGGUGUGUCUCGGUGGCUUUGGCGCUUGCCAGCUUGUGAGCAUGCCAGGGAGCAGUUGGCAUUUCAGAUUUCCCAAACCCCGUCACACCAUACUCCAUCCGACUGCAAGCAGGGCCACCAGGGGACUUAGCACAGGGACUAGGGGGCCAGAGCCGCUGCUGGCCAGGCCACAGGCCCCGCAGAGUGGGGGAAGUUGGGACACUGGCACGGGUGGUCCGCUCUGCAGGGCUUUCGUCAGGGCCUCGGAGCUUUCCUCUCUGCUUCACUGAGCUGCUUGGGGUGGCCAGAGGCCGCAGGACGCCCAUCGGGCGUUUCGCUUCUCUCCAUUGCGGUUUGUCUCCCCUCCCAGCACCACUGUGCAACUAUGCAUUGUACUUCACAACCUCUCGCGCUAGGUCGAUGCCUGUGACUUUUUACCUGGGGGGUUGCAAAUGAAGGAACUUUUUACAUGGAUCUUUUUAAUCUCAGUUGAUUGGGGGAGGGGGGUAUUUGGUUCUAGGGUCAUACAAGCUCUAUCCCAAAGCAAAAUCCAAAUGUUAAUAAUAUUAGCCUGAUGCAGAUACCAAAGAAAAUUUCUUUCCUGCAGAACCUUAGACUUGUGUAUUAAGUACGAUUACCCAGCACUUGCAUUAGUCUAACCUCAGUAAUUCCAAAGCUUAGAUGUAUAUUUUGGUAUAUUUCUGGGAUUUAAAAAAAAAAAAAUGUCGUUUAACUUCUUGUUUGUUUCAGUGUAAUGCUCUUAAAGUCAUAGCAUGGAACUAAUUGAACUGUCCUCUUCUUAGUAGUUUGAAAUAAUAGUAUUUUUGUAUGUUUUCAGUGUGUCUGUGUAUGUAUUAACAUAACAGUUUUCACUGCCUAGGUGUUCAUAAUAAAAAAGAAAAUGAAAAAGUUGUGAGUGUACAUAAUAUUCAGUAAUAGUCCUCCACCAAGUGUCACCUGGAUCAUAUCGUCACUGAUGACUGUGCCCAACUGGGUUUUGUUUUGUUUUAAAGAAGCAGUGAUUGUGUUUUUCUAAAGAUGCUUUCUUUUUCUGUCUUCAAAUAUCUUAACUCCCCCACCUUUUCUUCCUUUUCUUUCUUGUUCUUUUUAAAAUUACUGAUUCAGGGGUGUUUUUCCACUGUUGUCAAGGGAGGGGUACAAGGGGAAUUGUCCCCUGACCUCCUAAAACUUCUUGUUUUAUGUACUUUAAAAUGUGAGUUUGAGUUCUUCUUUGUGGAAACUUAAGACGUGGUGUAAAUGAUUCUUUCCAAAAUUGUCCAGCAGCUUUAAUGAGGCAGUGACAAUUCCUAAGUAGUUUACCGGGAGUCCUUUUACAUUUCUCCUUAGGCGACUUUGCAGUCUGGGUGGCUAUUGUAUAGCCUCACUGCCCCAGAGCACCUGUGUAGCCGUUUCCCCUCGGGUAGAAAUAUUUCCUAAGAAUCAGCUGAUGACUGGAGCACUGGACCUUGUUAUCUGUGCCCCUGGGAAACAGAGGUUUCCUGGUUUUGGAAACCUCAAACAAAGCGACUUUACCUGCUGGGGAACUAGCUAGCCGAAGCCUCCCAAGCCUGCGGAGGUGGUGGGGACUGUGAGAGGUGCUGUCUCUUCAAAAGUGCCCUUUAUGUGACCCCCUCCUGCUGCCCGCAGGGCUGAAGGCUUGGGAGAGACUGCACAGGUGCCAGUGAAUCAGAAUGAAUUGGUAGAUUUUGUGUAGAUGCAUUUGUCUGCUGUAAUUUUUAUAUAUAUAUAUUAAACUUACUGUAACUGUACAGUUCAUUUCUGUUGUAAAACAUCAUUAAACCAUUUUUCAAGUGUUUUCA